AUGGGUGUUCUGGGCCUUACUUCUGACAAAGCCAAAAUUGUGCAAAAUCUUGGACCUGUCGACUUCGACGCCGUCGUGAAGGAACGCGAGAAGUUUAUCUACGUUCCCAGUUGGUUCUCAGUUGAUCUGCGAUGUGGCUUCCCCAUUAUUCAUCUGGACAGUUCCGACGCCCUCUCAGCGCACAUCACCCUCAAAGACGCUGGAUUUGGAAGUCCUGAAGACGCCUCCGAUCAAAAAAGUAUGUUUGGGCAAUCUACAACUGCAUCAUCAUUAUCGCAACCGUUGCUGGUGUGCAGAUGUACGGCCUCCCUAGACACGCCUGUCCCAAUCGGUUGA